AGUUAUCUCAUCGCAGCAUUCAAUCAAUAGACGGCCACACAGACGAGGAUGCUCAGCCCGCCCCAGCACGCAAACGGGCCUCUGUCCCAGGCUUUUGCUUCCUUCUCCGACAAGGCCAGGGCCGCCGGCAGCAGGGGUGACGGCCUGUCGAGCCUGCUGCGCAAUGCACAGACAAGCAAAGAGGGCCUGCCUGUGCUGACGCUCGCCAAUGCAAAGCCACCAGCAGCACAGAAGCCGGCACCCAAGGCCGACUAUGGCCCUGCGCAGAUCAAUGCCGUGGCAAGGGCGCUGCGCACCAUCUAUGCAUGCCCCGCUGGCCAGCAGCCCGAUGUGGGACCGUCGACGUCGCUUCAGUCCCUCUAUCUCGCCGUUGAAGGCACGGUUGUCCUCUCGGCGCAGGGCCAAGAUCUGUACGAGCGCGUCAAGAUGGAGCUGGAGCGUGCCGUCGGCGAGGUGGCGCGCUCGCUCAGCGCGGGCGCCAGCGAUGGCGACGAGCCCUCGUGGCUGCGCCGUCUCGACGAGGCGUGGGUCAGCUGGUGCGACAAGACGUCGCUCGUAUGCCGCAUCCUCACCGUCCUUGACCGCGUCUAUGUGCUCGACCAGCCCCACCUGCUCUCCGUCUGGCAGCUGGCCCUGGACCUGUUCAAGCACGCCAUCGUGCAGGACGAUGUGCUCAAGGAGCGUGCCCUUGCCGGCGUCGUCCUGGCCGUCAACCGGCACCGCCAGUCGGCCUCGGCCUACCGCGACAUGCACCUCUCGCUCCUGUCGAUGCUGGCCACGCUCGACUCGUACCGCGAUGUGCAGCAGCGCCUCCUCGCCUCAACCAAGAGCUUCUACCUGGAGGAGUCGAACCGCCUCGUCGCCCAGCUCAGCACCAGCGACUAUCUCGCCCAUGCCGAGCGGCGCAUCGACGACGAGACGCAGACGACUGCCUGGCUCUACCAGGCCGACUCGGAGCGCGUCGAGCACAUGCGCGCCGUCCGACGCGAGCUCGUCCGCACCCACGUUGACGCCCUCGUUGCUGGCCUGCCCGAUCUCCUGACGGCCGCCGAGACGGCCUCGCUGCGCCAGCUGUACGACCUCCUCGCCGCCGUGGGCGCGCUCACCCCGCUGCGGACUGCAUUUGGCAGCUUCAUCUGUCUCGAUGGCGAGCGCAUCGUCCAGGACCGCGAGCACGACGACCGCAUGAUCGAGCGCCUGCUCGACUACAAGGCCAAGAUUGACGGCAUCGUUGCAGACGCCUUCAAGGCCGACGACGACCUGCGCCAGACGCAAAAGGAGGCCUUUGAGACGUUUAUCAACAAGCGCGAGAACAAGCCAGCCGAGCUCAUUGCCAAGUUCCUCGACAUCCGACUCCGCAGCGGCAACAAGACCAUGUCCGACGACGAGCUCGAGCACAUGCUCGACGAGGCCCUCAUCCUCUUCCGCUACACGCACGCAAAGGACAUGUUUGAGGAGUUCUACAAGCGCUACUUUGCCAAGCGCCUCCUGCUCAACCGCUCGGCCAGCUCCGACGCCGAGCAGUCGAUGCUGCUCAAGCUCAAGGAGGAGUGCGGCGCCGCCUUUACGCAGAAGCUCGAGACGAUGCUCAAGGAUGUGUCCCUGUCCGACGACAUGAUGAAGGCCUACGACGGCCAGCUCGCAAAGGAGCAGGCUGCCGCUGCUGCCGCUGCUGAAGACGGCGGCGAGGCCUUUGACCUGCACGUCAAUGUGCUCACCCAGGCCCACUGGCCCACGUACCCACAGGUCGACGUCAUCAUCCCACCCGAGAUGGCUGCCUCGGCCGAGCGCUUCCGUGCCUUCUACGAGGCGCGCUUCCAGGGCCGCAAGCUGCACUGGGCCCAUAGCCUUGGCACGACGGCGCUCAUGGCCCAGUUUGGCCGCGCGGGCGAAAAGGAACUGCACCUGAGCACCUUCCAGACGGUCGUCCUGCUUCUGUUUAAUGGUCUCGAGCCGGGCGCGCGGCUGGGCUAUGGGGCCAUCCGAGCGCGCACGGGCCUCGAGGACAAGGAGCUGAAGCGCACGCUGCAGAGCCUCGCCUGCGGCCAGAUUCCCACGCGUGUGCUGCGCAAGGAGCCCCAGGGCAAGGAUGUCGACGAGACGGACGCAUUCACCGUCAAUGAGGGCAUCAAGAACGACCGCAAGCGGAUCCGCGUCAACAUGAUCCAGCUCGCCGAGACGCAGGAGGAGCAAAAGUCGACGGUGGACCGCGUCAUGUUUGACCGCGAGCUCGUCCUCCAGGCCUCGGCCGUGCGCAUCCUCAAGGCCAAAAAAACUGUCAAGCACGCCGAGCUGCUCCAGGACAUUGUCGCCCAGAUUGCCGCGCGCUUCACCGUCGAUGUGGCCGAGAUCAAAAAGACGUUUGAGACGCUCAUCGACAAGGAGUACAUGGAGCGCGUCGAGGGCCAGCGCGGCGUGUACCGCUACCUGGCCUGAGUUGAAGUGUAAUGCACCCUGGUCUGAGCUGAAGUGCACCGCUGCUUGGCUUGAUUUGAAGUGUACCCCAUCCUGGCCUGAGUUGAAAUGUAUCACACUCUGGCCUGACUUGAGUCUAGUGCGAGAUGUAGAAUUGGACGACAGGCUAUGUACACAAAGAGAGAAAAAAGAAAAGAAAAAGAAAAAAGAGAGCC